UUGUACUUAUGGGAAUUUAAUUCUAUGCGAAUAUUUUUGCGCUUUGUAGCUGACUUAAUAAGCAGUUUUUUUUCCCUGCCGUUUGUUUGCUUCUAACAUAAACUGUGUGUGUAGGGCGUGCUGUUAGGCAAAUGAACGGUGUGUUUUUAAAACCCCACGGUGAUAGGCGCCGUUGUUCUCCUGGCUGUGAGCCGAGGGGGAUUUCUAUCUUGUCGCUUCCCUGUUGCUGGGGAUAUUACAUAAUAUGGCGCUAAGCUGUUGAUGUAGGUCAGAACCAAAGACCGGAUCGGUCCGUCUUGUUUUUUUUAAACUAAAAUAACUUUUCAUCCCGCUCGACGGUACAGGUCUGUUGGUAGCAUUAGCUUAAUUUUACAAUGGGAAUCAGUAGGAUACAUAUUAGCAUAGGCUAUGCUAGCUUCGGUACUCUGGUUGGAUUUUCAGCCUUCCUCGUCUGGAAUAUCGCCUAUAAACAGCCAUGGACAGCGGCCAUGGGAGGCCUGUCGGGAGUUUUAGCGUUCUGGGUUCUAGUCACACACAUCAUGUACCUGCAGGACUUCUGGCGCACCUGGCUCAAGGGCCUCAAAUUCUUCAUUGCUGUCGGUGUGAUCUUCUCAGUUCUGGCCGUCGCUGCCGCCUUUACCUUUCUAAGUCUGGCCAUCACACAGAAACAAUCUCUGAUCGACCCGCGGAGCCUCUACCUUUCCUGCAUUUGGAGCUUCCUGACGCUCAAAUGGUCUUUCCUGUUGGCCUUGUACUCUUACAGAUACCGCCAGGAGUUUGCCGACAUCAGCAUCCUCAGCGACUUUUAGCCAGGAGGAUUUUUAUAGACUUUGGUGAAGGUUGAAGGAUUUAGGAAUGCCAGCAGGAGCUGGACUUUGAGCUUUGGAACGACAGGAGGAAAAGCAGACGUGGCUGAUUUGGAAGUCGUAUGACUUUUACCACGCGGAGACGCACUUGUUGCUCUCGCAUAACAAGCUCUUCUCUUCGUCUUGUAACCUGUUUUACUUCCUAACCACGAGUUACAGCUAAAGGUGAAUGCUUGUUCGGACUGGAGCAGUGCACUGCUGGGAAUGUAGGGAGUUUUUUUUUCCUGAGAUUUUAUCUCUCGAUUGUUGUAAAAACAACUUGUGUGAACGGAAAUCACCACCGUUAUGGUGUCGUAAUGCAUCAUUUAACACACAGAGAUUCUCAGAACCAAAAUGAAACCACACCCUUGGUAGGUUGAUGGUGGCUUUUGAAGACGCGUCUAAGAGAACGGCAUCAUAAAAAGUUCAUCGUCUCCCACAGAUCUCAUGACAGCAGAUGUUGAGACGUUGGUGCCACUGAAGUUGAAUUAGUUCCCAUACCAAAAAAUACAUAAAAAUAAAAAAUACUGAUACAGGUUUUGUUUUUUUUUCUCUUAAAAGUAGCAGUUGCACAUGAUAAUUUACAGUGGGGAAAAUGGGUGCUAAAUAUGUCAAUGUUUUUCUCCAUAAAUACAUUUUUAAAGAUGCUAUUGACAUGAAAUUCAAAGCAGAUUCAAAGCACAGGUUAUAAGCGUUGAAGAAGCUUGAUGAAUUUUCUGUUUAGUUCUUCGUCCAAAAGGCUUUUUAGUAACGGCGUCUUCCAGACGUUCACACCAGAACAGCCGUUGCUCUGGUGGGAUUUGUGUUAAAGUUCUUCUGGCUACUUUAUUUUCUGCCUGAGUUCCCAUGACUCUGUGUGAGAGAAAGACUGUGUUGUUUAACAAUCCACCCCUCAUUUCAUCUUCAGAUUCUUAUCAAUGAUGUCUAUUUAUCCUUCCUUCAAUUAAAGGGAGUCUGCCUGUGUAAUGUUAGGGAUAGGAAUUCAUCAUACUGUUUACUCGUAUCUUGAAAUGAUCGAUCGUUUAUUCUGUGAUGAUAACGACGCACUCUAAUCGAUGGAAAACCUGAAUUAAUUGAGGUUACCGUUGGAUCUUCUCUCCUUUGUUAACUCCCAGAGAUCGGCUGUAAAAGCUGCUUUUAUGUUUUAAAAUAUGAUUUAAUGCUUCUGCUGGAUAUGUUUUAGCAGCACUGUGGCAUUACUGAAUGAAACUAGAUGAUAUUGGGAACAAUAUUUGUUUGCAAGUAUGUCCAGUAAUAGAUUUAUAGCUGAAAACGGUGAUGAUGAAUUUUCAGCUUUUUGUCAUCACAGCUACAAAAUGUGAUGAAUAUUUAGACUUUAUUGUAGUAUUUUAUCGACUUGUCCGAAUGCUCUGUAAACUUUCAAACAGGUUUCAAAUGCCUUUUCUUCAGUAGUGGAGUCUUGUGCAGAGAGUGGUUGAGUGAAUAACUUACUGUUGGAAAAAAAUCCCUCCUGGUUUUCCUGACAUGCUGUGUGUCUCUUAAAUUACUUCUCUGAACUUAUUUUUAAGGUGAAAUUAUCUUUCCACUUCCAGAUUAUAUUAGACACAUUUCACCUAAUUUUCCUCCCAUUUCCAGUGCUUUACCUGUCAUUCCACUUUGUGAAUUUCAUAUCAAUACGUCUAUUAGAAAUAGAUUUACUGAGAAAAACAUCCUCAAUACUUGUUUUCCCUGUUGCAUAUUAAACGCUCACUUUGAUUGAAGGUUAUUGAUGCAUUUAGCAGCUACUUGCUUAGUUUUGAGCUGUCACUACUUCAGUCUAAAACGAUAGACGUGAUCAUGCGUUUGUGGAGUCUUGUWGCAACAAGAAACAAACAUUACACCACAAAACACUUGCAUGCAAGAAGAGGGCGUUUUGGCAGCACAUUUCCCUGCUUUCAGUUGUCGUUGAGUUCCUUAAAUGAGUUAUUUUCUACAUUUACGUCCUCAAAUCUGCGAGGAGUUGUGUAACUUUUCCCUGACGAAACUAUCACAUAGACUUUGUAGUACAUUUUAUUUUUAGUAACAACUCUAAGCGUGUUGCAACCACUCCACUUGUUCCUGUCCAGCAUUUAGAGCUCCUGCAGUUCUUUCUGGAUGAUCACCUUUCAGUGAACAUCGGCAUUAAUAUUUGGCCCUGCUGUCAUCUGGUGUGACGUCCUUUCGGCUCCCCUGCAUCAUUUAAGAACAAGUUCAGAUGUUCUAAUUUAAAGCUUUUUUUAUCAGAGAACUAUCAGUGCGAUUGGAUUACUAAUGGUGUUAAUAUGGGAUGAAAAAUUUAAAUUCUGAUGUAAAAAGUGCUUUUCUCUGUUUGUUCCACAAGGGGGAGACAAAACACUUUCUGAUACUCUUAACAUUCCUGUUUUGGAAAAAAAAAACACAUGGAUUUGAUACAGAGUUGCACUUUAGUAAAUUACAUUAUUGCCCUUGUUUUGCACACAGGUUGUAAUUUCUGUCUCAACCCUGGAAUGUUGUAAUAAACCAAGUAUAUGUAACAUUCGAUUUCCUAUUGGUUUGAUUUCACUAAUCAAGCUAAGGUCAUUUUUUUUGUUUCAUUGUUUCUCUUGUCUACAUUUUAAUUAUGAAACAUGUACAGUUUUUGUCAGUGAUUGCAUGUGAGAAUACUACAAGUACAAACCAAACACAUUAAAAAUGCAUUUAUUGUUAUUUCUGUCAUGUCAAGUCUUCAUUAAUAAAGCAGAGAUACAGCAGCAGUCUGAACCAGCUUACGUUUAUACAUUUAUCUGAACUGUGAUAUCUGUAACUCCAAAUUCAAGCAAAAAUAUUUAAUACACAGAAUAAAAAUACAAAUUUUC